UACUUAUGAAAUAACCCUAAUUUUAUUUUACCACCCGCCCAUUCCAUUGCCCUCCAACGAGAACUACUCAUCUCAUCUUCAACCUCCAUUAACAAGAGACUCUUUUGCGAUUGCCGAUUCUCACCUUUAACAGAAGCAGCAAAAGCGUAGGUGAGAGAUUAAGCUUCGUGUCGUUCUUCGUGUUGGUGUAUUUGGAAAGGUUGAAGUAGCUGUUUCUGGAUCGGAAGGUUUUCGGGAUUGGUUUCCGAUAAUGUCAAGUAAGAAAGAAGAGAAAAAUCAGGCUGCAGCAGAUAGGAUCAAGGCUGCAGCAUUGAGUGCUGCAAAAGGUCUUAGUCGUGCCCAGGCUGAAAGGGCUGCAGCUGCAGCUGCUCGUAAUGUCAAUGCUUAUGGUCAAAAGGAAGAAGGCCCUAGCAGAUGGCAAGAGAAAAGGGAAGCGAAACGGCAAAUGUACUUGAUGAGUACAGAAAAACAAGUGAGAUUAGGUGAAAGAAAAGAUCUCAAGUCUUCAAUGGCCACUGCCGGUGGCACUGCUCAGUGUCAGAAAUGCUUUCAAACUGGACACUGGACUUUUGAAUGCAAGAACGAAAGGGUUUAUAUGGCCCGGCCAUCGAGGACACAGCAGCUUAAGAACCCUAAAUUGAGGAUGAAGCUUUCUAUUUCUUAUGAUUUGGAUAAUCCAGAUGCUAAGGAGGAGAAGGGCAAUUCGUCCAAGAAAAGCAAGAGGAAGCACAGAUCAGAUUCUGAUUCUGGCAGUGAUAGCGAGGCUUCAGUUUUUGAGACUGAUAGCGGGGCAUCAUCUGUGACAAAUAGUGAAUCUUCUGAGGGAGACAGUUCGGAUUACAGUUCAUCUUCUGAUUCCGAGGAAGAGAGAAGGCGGCGAAGGAAGAAGAAGAAGCAGAAGAAGAAGGUCAGCCGCAGGAAGUACAGUUCCACUUCUGGGUCCUCUGAUUCUGACUCAGGUUCAGAAUCUGAGUCUGAUGAUAGGGGCAGCCAGAGGAAGAGGAGGCACAGCAGAAAGAGCUAAAAGAGAUUGUCAGGAAGAAAAGAGCAGUUUUAUCAUAUCAGCUUCACUCAUUCCUCCGCUGAUAUUACAUUAAUCAGUCGGAGCCUUUUCAGGCAAAAGCAAAUAUGAAUUGGACGGUGUUAUUUGUCAUUUCUUUUUCUUUUAUUGGUGUUGUUAUGUGAUGUAAUAAUCUUUAAGUAAUGUAGCUCUCUUAAGAUCUUUACUUCUUUUUGAUAUGUUUGUGGCUUUUCCUAUUUUAGUGAACUUGUUUUUGGAGAAUAAUGAAGGAUCUGAUUUGUGAAUGCUUUGAAACAA